GGCAAGUUGAAGUGGAGCGAAUUGAAGCCCAUGCAGGCGAGGCGGCAGCACGCGUCGCAACGGCCCUUUAGCGACCUCACGUGGCGCUUUCUGUCGCCGCCAUCGCGAGUCACCGCGCUACCUGCGAACGACGAGCCAUUUCUGCAGCCGAGCUUCCUUGCGGCGCUGACGCUGCAGCACACGUUCGACACCGAGUAUGUCGACCCGACAGAGAACAAGAUUCUGUCGCUUCUCACAGGCGAAACGCAGCGCGACGACAUUUUGGACUCGCUCAUGAACGAGCUCCACGUACUGCGCAGCGAGCAAGAGAAGGCGCCCAAGAACGACCACCACGACUUUAGCCAAGUGGCCGACGCCGUGCCGCACGAGGCGCCGACAGUUCCAAGCCCACCGGCCAAGACGCGCCGCCUCUCGAUCUUUCGACCCGAAGACAUGCAGAUGGUCAAGGACACGGCACACGCCCGGAUCCAAGGCAAACUCGACUUGCUCCAGAACGAAGCCAACCGCAAGAAGACACCGGAGGAUGGACCGAUGCAACCCGAGCGACCGACGACGCCGCACAUUCUAUGGCGCGCCUCGGACCGCGUGCGACUCGCUCUCGACAUUCCCGCCGAGCUCAGUGGCGAAUCGCCCAAAAUCAACGCAGCGGUCUCGCCCGCGACGCCCCAACUUUGCGUGACCAAGAAAAAGGCGGCCUAUGGCGCGUGGUACCUCCCGCCCAAAAGCUGGUGCAAGCAAACGCCGGACGGGGCGCGCAGUCGGGGCGCCCCGACCAAGAAAGGCAUGCCAAGCGACACGACAAAGGCGCUCGCGCUGCGCGAGCAAAUUCCCAAACUCUUCAUUGCGCGCGAGUACCGCAGCUUUAUCGAGUCCCGGAACGCGCGCAUGCCACCGUAUUUGAGCGAGCCCACGUGAUGUCACACUUGAUACAUCGAUAGAUUAUACUAUAUGGUGUUGCACGGCAACGAGUGGUCUUGCC